AAGCCAUUUGGGGACUUGGGAGACAUUUCCAGCAGUACAAUGGGUGCCCUGUGUUUCUUUGUUGUUGUGAUUAAUUUACACGCCGUGUCUUUCGCACUCCCGACAUCCUGGUGUAGCGUGACAUCACCACCUGGACCCAUUCCUGACAACGCGCUGCGAUUCAACACAAAAAGUCGGUAUGAAGAAGUGAAUCCCUAUCUCAUCUCAGAUAUUUUGGCCAUUAAUGAGUCCUGGGUGAAACCUCCAUCUGCAGAAUGCAGAGCUGUCCACCUGAGUGCCAUCAUCAGGCACGGGACCCGAUACCCCACCUCGGGGAACAUCAAGAAGAUGAGCAUGUUCUCCAAGCUGGUGAAGAGUCAAGCUAAUCUGAGCUGCGUCCAGGAGCUCCAAAGCUGGGAAAUGUGGUAUAAAGAGAGCAUGGAUGGACGUCUGGUGAAAAAAGGACGCUACGAUCAUCGACAUUUGGCUCAGAGGCUGAUUAAAUCAUUCCCAACCCUGAUAACUGAAGAGAACAUAAAAGGGGGACGAGUGAAGCUUAUCACUAGCUCCAAACACAGAUGCAUUAACAGCACACUGGCAUUCAUACAAGGAAUCUUGGAGCGUCUCGGCAUUCAGGGUAUAGAUUUGCCACACACAAUUGAUGACGGGCUGAUGCGUUUUUUUGAUCAAUGUCGCCGUUUCGUGGAGACAGUGGAGAAGAACAAAGACGCCUUAAUGGAGAUGGAGCGUUUCAAGAAUGGCCCAGAGAUGAAAAGAGUUCAGGAGAAACUCGCAGAUCGGUUACAGCUUCCUUACAGCAAUGUUACUGCAGACUCUGUGGAGACGGUAUUUUAUCUGUGUGCGUACGAGUUCACCAUCCUGGACGUGAAUUCCCCCUGGUGUCGCUUACUGGACGGGACAGAUGGACAGGUGCUGGAGUACCUGGGGGAUCUGAAGCAGUUUUGGAAACGUGGCUUUGGUCAUGACAUUAACAGUAAAUCCAGCUGUGUUCUCUUUCACGAUCUGUUUAAACGCCUGGACGCGGCAGCCGAGCAGAUCAGGUCAGGUGGGGAUGUCCCAGAGGUGGUGACGGUGCAGGUGGGCCACGCUGAGACAUUACUGCCCCUCAUCACACUGCUGGACCUUUUUAAAGACCAGGUUCCUCUCAACUCCUCCAACUUCGCUUCUCAUCACAGCCGCAUGUUCCGCAGCGGCCUGAUUGUACCGUACACCGCCAACUUGCUGAUGGCGCUUUUUGACUGCCCUGAUGGCCCUCGGCUGCAGGUGCGGCUCAACGAGCAACCUUUGAUUUUGCCAGGCCUUGGUGACCUUUCACCUCUGUACCAGGAUGUGAGGAAACGAUAUGAACAGCUGCUGCAAGGAUGUGACCAGGACGCAGUGUGCAGGAUGGACAGAUAGAAGAAACAAUAAACACACUGAAUAACAGAGCGGUCCUGUCAAUCUUCACAAAUACACUGAUCAUGUUAAGAGUGUCUGCUGUGUCUGUUGUGCCUGUGUGUGUGUGUGUGUGUGUAUGUUUUGUAAGUAUGAUGAUCUGGUUUUUAUCUCUCUUUAAUGUUUUAUUCACCCUUCACUGCAUUUGGAUUUAUUUACAUGUAAUUAUGUAUUAGGAACAUAGCAUAUGUUUGGAUCUUACAGACACCUACAGACACACACACACACACACACACACCCUUGCUAGACUAAUAGUGCUAUUAAACUGUGUGUAUUAUGCAAAUGAAUUAGAGUCUUAAUUUGGAUAAUCUAUUUCUCUUACUGAGCACAUGCGCCCACACACACACACACACACACACACAUAUGGGUCACACCUAACUGCUAAACACACACUUACAGGCAUGAUGCAAGACUCGGUGUGGUUCUGAAACCUGCUGUAUUUAAAGGAGCAGCUCCGUACACAAUGAAUCAUUACAAAAUUACAGAAUAAAAUCAUGACUAUUGAACAUUUAAUUAUUAAU